AUGUUGUCACGGCCGGCCUUCAGCAUUCGAAAGCUCAUCCCUCAGAAGAAGCAGGAUGAAGUGCCAGAGGACUACACGGGUUCGUACUUCAUACACGACGACGAUAUGGACACAUUCAGUCGUAUCAAGAGCUGGAUGCCACCUACAAUGGGCCUCAUGAAGAAACCCAAACCAAUGAUCGAUAUCCGCCGCAGCGAUGACCUACAUCGUAUUGUCUACCCACCCCCACCUCCUCUCCCAGAUACUCCCCCGUCAUCGACAACUUCUUUGUCCAGCUAUGAGAACAACAAUGCCGCUGUGUACGCCAUCAAUGCCACUGCUCGACCCUGUCCACCUCGGCCUUCUGAGAGGGGCACCCAGGGGAGCCCACAGAGAAGUCCCCAAAGAAGUCCUCUUUUAAGUGCCCAGAGCUGUGAAGAUAUUCAAUCCACAAUACAAUUCAGGACCAUCGUUCAUGCAAAUACUUUUCCUCCGCAGUUCCAGUUUACACCGCCAUCGUCCCCUCCUCAGCUCGAAGGCAUGGGUCAAAACAAGGUCGUACUGGCACCUAAGCUGCCACUUGAGGCAACCGCUGAGCUACCCCCAACGCCGGCCAUAGGCACUCAUACGACAUCCCCCGAUUCUGAGUCUGGAGCAGCAAACCCCCUUACAGCCGAUGCUAAGGGGCUCUUCUUGACCAGCGCUCCACAACCAGCGGAAAAAGCAGAUAUCAGCCAGCUACGUCAGUCGUACUCUCAUGCCAUCCUCUCUGAUCAACAGCUCGAAAAGUUCCCAAAGCCAAAGACAGCCACAUCUGUGUCAACAAUAACGCGCAGAAAAUCUCAACAGCGUAGCCAUGGUUCCGUUCGCUCUAACCGAUCUACACGGUCUAAUAGGUCAGUCAGGUCAGCAACAAAGACGGCUACCAGAUCAGAGCUUUCGUCUGGACAGAAAAGAGUGGUAGUCGCCUCGACCCCAAAAAGGGUGAAGUCAAAGAAGUCUGGCAUCCGGCCGCGAGUACGGGCAAGGCAAUCAUCAGUGUGGCAAUGGACGGAGAGCGCCAAGGGGCUCAUGAGGGAACGGUUGUUCCAUCGAAUUGAGGUCGAUGAGAUGCUCCCCGAAAGCGAGUUGCGGGAGAUAAGGAAGAGCCGAGCUACAAAAUGGACAUGCUCGCCUGAGCUGGGAGUCACACAUGUCAGUGAGAGGUUCCGCAAGGUAACCAAGAAGCCAGCCGAGCCAGCUGAACCGAUCGAGCCCCUCGAUCUCAACGUUGCGCGGGAUGCCCCGACAGAGACAUCCACCCCUCAGUCAUGUCUUGCCAAUCAGCAAGAGCAUGAUGAGUGUCCCACUUCUAAAGCAGCUACGCAGGAACAGGUUAGUAGCAAGCCGGGCAACAGCCGCCAACAAGAACUCCAAAAUACGCUUGAGAACGCACCGGCACCAACACUUCCCGAUUCGCCUACCAAAGGAAACAAUGAAGCGGAAAGGACCAGCCCUGUUGCGAUCAUUUCCGAGGAAGACUGCUCGGCCCAACCUACAUCGGUCAACAGCGAACCUACCGUCGCUCCUACACUCAAGUCACCUAGUCAUCGCCGUAAUCCUAGUCGACAACUUCCUCCACUUCCUGCCUUACCUGAGGCUGCGCCAAGUUCUGUCGAGAAUAAGACAUCACCUAGCCCUACCGAACAGUCAGAAUCAAGACCCGAACAGCCUGCCGCCCCAGCGCCACAGCAUGUCUCUACCAAAUUUAUUGAGGAAGACGACGAGUACGUCUACCUAAGGAGCACGCCUUACACUAUGACAAUGCCCACCUUCCAGCACGGCCGUAUCCGUCUAUCUAAACCUGAGCGGGCAGCCGCUGUGGACAACACUCUCGACUGGACCGCUUUCCAAAUGGCCAUCCUUGGUGGCGCGGGUGACUUCUUCGGCGAAGCGACCGACUACUCCCGGCCGUCGGAUACCGAGCUGGACGAACUGGAGAACUUGAUCUCGUGGUUUAACAGCUUUGGUUUUGAGGGCUACGGCAGGUUGGUUGGUCCCGAACCUCCCAAGACCCCGAAUCGGACUUGGACGCCGGCCAUGUCCUCGACGCAUACACGGACACCAUCCUUGACGGCACAGUCGCCAGCAUCUGCAUCUGGGGCUGGCAGCAGUCCGAACCUAGGCGCUGAGACCGGGUUCAGGAGAAUCGACCCCCCUGCACCGGCAACCGCUCAGGAAAGCUACUACUACCGCAACUACUGCCAGCAGCAGCAAUACAACACUCCGCAUGUUAACAACGAAUUCGGCUUCUACCCGGCCGCAACGAUGGCGACACCAAGUCAAUAUCUCACCCCUCCCGCUCCAGACGCCUCACAACGGCACCGCCGCAACGAAAGCAGCAGUACCUUCUCCGUUUACCGCACCUCGCCCCAGCACCUGUCUCAACCCCAACCCUCGCCUGCUUUCUACCACCAAAACACCUGGCCUCAGUCUCAUCCGGCCUACACCUACGACUACCAACCCCAACCGCAACUGCCGAAGCCUCUUGCUCAGCCCAACUGCGUUGACGUUUCUAUCGACUCAGCCAAGUCCCGGCAACGGUCAAAUAGUAUUGAUAGUUUCCAGUCGCUACCGCAAAGCCCGAUGAUGGACCUAGUGGUAAGCCAUGAUGCGGGCGGGAAUGAGUAUGUUGUGCCGAUGGGGUUCAAUCUGAGUCAUGAUCUGGGAGAUUUCCUUACUUGGCAUGCUAGUCACGUUUCGGGGGUGGGGUUGACUUAG